GCGGGCUCACCGCCGCCAUUUCGUGUGACCGAGCAGCAAGGAAGAGGUGGAGGCAGAAGCGCAAGCCGGACACGGAGAGGAGGUGUUGAGAAAGACGUUCGGUGAACAAGGUUACACACUACGAUGGGGAAUAUCUUCGCUAAUCUGUUUAAAGGCCUCUUUGGGAAAAAGGAGAUGAGAAUCCUCAUGGUGGGCUUGGAUGCCGCGGGAAAGACCACCAUUCUGUACAAGCUGAAGCUGGGCGAGAUCGUGACCACCAUCCCAACGAUAGGUUUUAACGUUGAAACCGUAGAAUAUAAGAACAUCAGCUUCACCGUGUGGGACGUGGGCGGUCAGGACAAAAUCCGGCCCCUGUGGCGUCAUUAUUUCCAGAACACUCAGGGGCUCAUCUUUGUGGUCGAUAGCAAUGACAGAGAAAGAGUCAACGAAGCCCGGGAGGAAUUAACGCGGAUGCUGGCGGAGGACGAGCUGCGGGAUGCCGUGCUAUUAGUGUUUGCAAACAAACAGGAUCUCCCAAAUGCGAUGAACGCCGCAGAGAUCACAGACAAGCUGGGCCUGCACUCCCUGCGCCACAGGAACUGGUACAUCCAGGCCACGUGCGCCACCAGCGGGGACGGUCUGUACGAGGGCUUGGACUGGCUCUCCAACCAGCUGAAAAAUCAGAAGUGAUCGCUUUCCGCGUGAAGACCCUCCUCCUCCUCUAUACCCCCUUUUUCCCACCCACAACCCAUCCUGUUCAGCAUCUCUGCAGGGCUGGCCAGCGCCUCUGCUGCCUCCCAGGCGGCGGGCUUGUAAUCUGGUUGCACGUGCGCGCCUUUGGUGGUGUGUGCGCCCCGCGCGCCUGUGUGAGUGGGAGCAGCGAUCUCACACCGUGCCUUAUACAUGCUUAGCAGUAUUAACCCCCUCUGAGAAAACACUACCCGCCGCGUCGCUGGUUUCCGCACAGCCCGUGUCUGCCCCACGCUGCGGCAAACGCAGGUUGUCGCCCGUCUGCUGUAGUGACCAGCAGAGUGUUUGUUUUAUCUUUUUGUGCGCUGUAGUGACGUCGCUUGCGUUACCCAGAAGGGCAUCUCGAUCGUGAACCGUUAUGAUGUCAUUGUUAAAGUGAUGCUUUGAGAGAUGCUCCUGGCACGGCUUUCGUAAUGCUAUAACACCCACGUUAACCAAGGCUCUCAGCGUUUCGUAUGGACGAUCAUUAAUUUAAA